AUGGUAAAGCUCAAUGCCCCUCACCGUCCAAUUAUAUCUUAUAGGCCUAUUGGACCAUCAGAUUUAGAGGUUCUUGAGAAAAUUCACGGUGAUCUGUUUCCUAUCAGGUAUGAAUCUGAAUUCUUCCGCAAUGCUGUUUAUGGUCGUGAUAUUGUGUGCUGGGGAGCUGUUGAUUGCAGUCGGCCCAAUGCUCAGAGCAAUGAGCUUAUUGGAUUUGUGACUGCCAGAGUGGUUUCAGCAAAAGAAAGUGAGGUAGAAGAUUUGAUCAGUUUUGACUCGUCAAAACCAGACCAAACACUAAUAUACAUCUUGACGCUGGGAGUUGUAGAAUCUCAUAGAAAUCUUGGAAUAGCUAGUUCACUUAUCCACAAGGUCAUAAAAUAUGCCUCAAGCAUCCCAACUUGCCGUGCUGUUUAUCUGCAUGUGAUUUCAUAUAAUAAUGCAGCCAUCCAUUUGUACCAGAAAAUGUCCUUCCAGUGCAUGCGACGGUUGUACAAUUUUUACUUCAUCAAUGGGCAGCAUUAUGAUUCAUAUUUGUUCAUCUACUAUGUAAAUGGUGGUCGAUCUCCUUGCUCGCCCCUAGAGCUUGUCACGCUUUUGGUAACUUAUGUGAAAAGAGGAUUUAACUUGAUGGUUUCAAAGCUGUGGAAAAAUGAAGACAAGAACAUUUCAAAAUGGCCCACGAGCAAAGAAUCCGGUUACCUUCUCCCAGUGGUUCAAAACAAUAGAGUUCUCACAGCUGAAGGUGCACGGUGUCAACAUCUCUAG